AUGGAUAUUUUCAACGAAGAAUCAUUUCUCGACGAAAUUCGAAAUAAGAUGCCAUCAAAAUUAUUAGCAUUGGUUAUUUUUGGAAAUUAUAUACCUUUGAAAAAAUGGAAAAGAUUGAAAGAAAUCAAAACAUUUUUGAUAAUUUUUGGACCAAAUGAAUCAAUUGCUUCGUGUCCACAAGCAAAUUUAACGAAUAUUAAAUUAUUAUCACAUUUAGUGAGAAGACCGCCAUACAACCCUUCAAGAUCAUUUUUGAGUCCAUUGGUAAUUAUUUUAGGAAAACAAAUAUAAAUUCAAAAAAUAUUUAUUUUUCAGGAUAUGACAAUUGAAAACAUAUCAUGGCGUUUCAGUUUAGUUGAUUGGCAAACUCAGAAUACUGCACCUCCAACAAUUCCACCAGAUCGUCUUUUAAUACAAGAUGAUGUUGAAGAUCCGAUUCGUUUUCUACGACGUUUGAACCGUUUUGCUGAUCAUAAUACAUUAUUACCAGCUGCUCCACCUCAACAUAUUCCACUUGCGAAUCAAACGGCUCCAAGACAAACUCGACAAAUUCGAUCAACAAGUGCUCCACAAAGAACUGCUCAAGGAAAUGUUCGAAGAAGAGUUUCACACGAAAGAGAUCGACGUUUACAAUCAACACCAAAUAGAACUGAUUCAAUGCAGACACAUCCACCGACACCACCAGUUAGCACAAUUCAAAUGUCACAAAGAACACCAAUUAUUCAAGAGAUCACUGCAAAUUCAACUGUUGGAACUAUGAAUCGAGGAUUUGUUCAAUCUGCAAAUACUUCGAAUGUUAGUGAAAUGACUAUGUCUCCAGAAAGAAUUGUAAGUUUUCAUUGUGGAACCUCGAAGAGAUUAUUUUCUCAAAAAAAUACUAUGAGUUUUUCAUUUUCAGAAUCCUGUUGUUACCGUUGUUCCAAAUCGAGGAUCACGAAUUGAACCAAAUAACGAAGGAACACAAAUGUAAGUAUAUUACAUUAACAAGCUUUUUAAAAUCAUAAUCAACAAUUUUUUUAAUAGGAUUGUUGAAACAUUGGCAAACAAUAUCGAUAUGAUAAUUCCUUCCGAGCAAAACAACUCGCAAAAUAAUCAACAAGCAACAAGAAAUACAGUACCACCGCCACCAAGAGAUUGA